AUGGGCCUCCUCACGCUAUCACGCCUCGUCAUACCCCCUUUUAUCCUCGUCGGCGUCUACUGUCUACACAUUCUGAGCGAAGCCAACGGGACAUUUCCCCUGGUCGUCGAGCAUCAGGAGAAGCGUCUGCUACCUACCACCGCCACCACAGCUGUGGCCAGGCCUCCGUUCGCAGAAAGCUUUACGGGCUUCGACCCUCCCGACGGAUUGCUGUCCACGCUGGUCGUGUUCUUCUGGCCGUUGGUCGAUGGCGAGAACCCCGGCGCCAGCCUUCUGACGUUCUUGUUCGGCGGUCAAAUCGUGGCUCUUUUGGCCGCGACCACGCUGGAAGCGUCGAGAAAGGCCAACAAGGGAAGAAUAAUCAGCUUGUAA